UUAUAAAAAAUAAAAUAAAACUCAGAAUCCCUUCAGACCCACUUCAUGCUUCCAAGAAACCCUAUGGCCUGGGACGCAGCAGAGCUUCCAUCUUCAUUAAGCCCUAGUAGCUACCGCCAAGACCUCCGCCUUCCAAUCCUCUCAAACGCAGAUUUAGAAGAUUAGAAGAGAAGACUCAACUCUUACGCUCACAACACAUUUACAACACAAUCACAUCGCUACCGAAGAAGAGAACAAGAACAAGAAUCUACGCUGAAUUCGGUAAGGGAAAUGCUUGUUGAUCUAUGGCUGCUGUUGGAGUAGAAGUGAAGCAUGCAGAUGGUGCAGCUGAGGAACAUUGCUCUGCCAAGCUAACCAAGCAGGGUGAGGGGCUUCGACAGUACUAUACUCAUCACAUCCAUGAGCUACAGUUCCUUCUCCGUCAAAAGACCCGUAAUCUUAAUCAUCUUGAGGCUCGACGUAACGAGCUCAAUUCUAGGGGUUCGUUAAAUCUAAUUCAAACUUAGGCUGAGGCUUCCAACAGGAACUGUGAAAGGAUGAAGCACCCAAAUAGAUUCUAGAGAAUGGUUUGAGGAGAAGUGUUAAUGGCGUUUAAACAAGGAGUGAAAUCAAAGCGAUUUGGUUUGAUUAGUACAAAAGCUGCGAAUUCGCCUUCUUCUUCAAUGACGUCGUCUUCUAAACAGUUUCGAGAAACCUCCAAUGAUGCUCCGAGCUUGCCGGCAUCGUCGAAUAAGCCGCGACAGUUUUAUCCAGAGACUGUGCCUUUGGAGGCUCAGAAGACUAAAGAAAAUGUUAUUGUGACGGUUCGGUUUCGGCCUUUGAAGUGAGGCUGAAGCCAUCAUUUCCAAGGCAAUAGCAACAGCUGAAGGACUUUCUGUUGUGUCACAAACCUUAAAAGAAAAUGGAGGAUCAGAGAAAUCAUGUUUAGGUUGCAAGCUCCAUAUGUUUAGAGUUCCAUUGUUUGUGUAUCAAAGAUGGUUGGAAUUUUAAACUUUCAAUAUCCUAGCAUUCCAUUUAGACAAACUAAAAGCGGGGUAUGUAUAUGCUAUAUUGGCAGGCGAACAAAUUAUUCGCACAUUUCCACACCACCUUUUCCAGGAAUAAAAACAUGGGAAGUAGAAGUUAUUUCAUUCUUGUGAAUAUUUUAUGAGAAUAAAUUUUGUAACUCUAUCAUAUAUUUUUUUAAUAUUAUCAUUAAAAAUACUAUUUAAUCUAUUAUUUAACUUCAAUAAAAUUAAAAAUGUGUUUUAUCAAAUUGAAUAAUACUACAUAGUCAUUCAAACAACUAACUUUUUAUCUUACGGGUCACUAUUAAAUUAUUACCUUUAUUUGAAGAUAAAAUUCUUAUUUUAAAAUGUCAAAUUUUUUUCUUUCUCCAUGUCACAAUUUUGUUUUUAUUAUUUAAUAAAAAUGAGUUUAUAUAAAAAUUAUUUAUUUUACAAUUAUAACCAUUGAAAUAUGUAUCAACAAUCAAAAUCUUAUUAGUAAUUUUUUUUAAUGGUUAAUUUCCAUUUUACCUAUGCAAUUUGGUCAAAUUUCUUUACUUCACAUUUUUCUUAUUGUUCAAAAAAUACUACACCACAAAUAAUACACCCGGGCGACAACACGGGUCUCUGACUAGUUUUCUUAUACAAUACUACACCUCAUGCAUUUGAAACUUACUAACCUUUAAAUGAAUUCUUUUAGGAGAAGACUUAAUUUCCCCUUGCCACUGCAAAGGUACACAAAAAUAUGUCCAUAGAUCAUGUUUAGAUAGCUGGAGAUCUACCAAGGAGGGCUUUUCUUUUUCUCACUGUACAGAGCGCAGAGCUGUCUUCAUAUUACGAGCAAAUUUCCCAAAAGAUUGCUGGUGAUUUUCCACUGCAUUUUACUAUGUUCGAAUUGUGUCAGGCCCCAACUGUGGAGCGAUAUCUACAUGAUUUACUUCAGUAUGCAUUGGGGGUUUUGCAAAUUGUUACAUUGGUACCUAGCAGUCAAAAGAUGAUUGUAAAUGCAACAUUAAGCACCAACCAGUCUGGUAUUUAUGUAAUUUUAGAUGCUGCAAAUAUUAGCAAUAGUCAUGUGGACCCUGAGAUAAUUCAAUCAGCCUUAAAUGUUUUAAUCACCCUUGUUUGCCCCCUCCUGCAAUCAGCAAUAAACCACCUGCAUUGUCACAAGGCCAGCAGUUUGCGUCUUCCCAAACCUCUAAUGGUGCUCUCUCUGAGACUAGAGAUAGAUAUGCCGACCGAUCUGCUCAAGGUGCCAGCCAUAUUGAUCCUAGGGACGCUGUGCCGGCCUUGCCACACAGCUGAACAAGGAUAUCAUCAGGCAAGAGAGGCUGUCUGUUCUAGUAAUGGUAUAAAGGUUCUUAUACAAAUCAUCUCUUCGCGUGUAUGUUCAUCUCCUGGUGCUCUGGACUGUCUCCGUGCUCUAGCUUGUCGAGUUCUGCUUGGAUUAGCCAGAGAUGACAAUAUUCCACAUACAUUGACAAAACUUCAGGUUUGGUUUCGUAUCAUGUUCCACUCAGUCUUUUGUGUUGGAUGUAGGGAUGGAAAUGGUAGGUUUCUCAAUUUCAAGGCUAACACUGAAUAGGCUUAGGUGGAUCAGUUCUGUCAUGCUCCUACUCACAGUGUUUCUGUUGCCCUUUGACUUUAUGCAUAUUAGUAUUUUUGCAUGAUCACAGCUUGCCUUGGAUCACUUCCGAAAUGGAUAUAACCUUCAUCAAGGAUUUUGGUCUUGUCUUUGCAAAGCUUUGGAGCCAUUUGAGUUAGCAUAGGGGCUGGCUGAAAUGAAUUGGUUAGAGAAGGUAGUUUAGAACUUUUAGGAAUGUUAAGCAGUAGCAUGUAGAUUCAUCAUUAGCUUUGUGUAAAUUAUAACCAUAUUGACAUGCUCAAAACUAUGAUCUGAUCCAGGAUUUCCAAAAAGAGAUUAUUAUGUGAAAUUAUUAGUUUGUGGUA